AUGCAACGAACCAAGCACAAGGGAGGCCCCAGAGCCCUUCGUCCCAGUCGCGCAGUUUCCAGCCAGCGUCAACAGUCGUCCCGGCCCUGGGUACGAUGUAGGCAAUGGGGCUCUCCAGCCUGUGCAGUCAGAACUCGUCCCAACGAUCAUCGGAACACAUCACGACAAAUAAUUGACGCAUCUAAUUCAUGUAAUGGUCUGCGGCUGUACUACCAGAACGUGCGUGGAUUGAAAUUCAAAAUCACUGAAUGCUUCGUUGCUUCAUCAGAGCUCGGUUUCGAAAUCUAUUCAUUCACCGAAACUUGGCUCGAUUCAUCCGUACCGACAAGUCAGUUAUUUGGUUCUGACUAUAACGUAUUUCGUUGUGACAGAAGUAGUGCCAAUAGUCGUCGUAGUAGAGGUGGUGAGGUCCUCAUAGCGGUUUCAAGCAAGCCUAGCUCAUCAAUCGUAGCUUUUAAUACUAAUAGCAUAGAAAGUUUGUGGGUGAGAGUGUCAAAUGAUCACGGCUCAUUUUUGAUCGGAACAGCUUAUGUACCGCCGGAAAAAAGUUACGAUUGUACAAUUAUCGAUUUGCAUUUUGAGGCAUUAUCAGAUGCUAGACUACAACACCCUGCAUGUAAUGUAAUUCUUCUUGGUGACUUUAACCAACCGCAAUUGUUCUGGAUUCCGGGACAGAGCAACAACAUGGUGUUGGAAUCUUCUUCCAUGAUAAAUUCUGCUAGUGCUACACUAUUGGAUGGAACGACAUUGAAUGGAGUUAGUCAACGAAACUGGAUACGAAACUCUCAAAACCGAACGCUGGAUUUGGUUUUCUCAGAUGAUUCUAUUUCGAUCAGCCCCAUUAUCGAAGCCAGUGAUUUCGUUGUGCCGAUAGACGUGUAUCACCCUCCUUUGGAAAUUGAAAUUUUCUUCCCGAAUCCUAUCACUUUUGUUAAAGAUUUCGAUGUAUCAGCCCGUUAUUUUAAUCGGGCGGAUUUUGAUACUAUGAACCGUGUUCUAUCUGAAGCUGACUGGUCUGAAAUCCAAAGUUGUACUGACGUUGAUGUGGCUGUUUGUAUAUUUAAAGCAAUCCUUGAUGACGCUUUUGAUAAAUCCGUACCCCUGGUGCGGCCUCCUCUUCGACCUCAUUGGACUAAUGCUCAUUUGAAGCGUUUGAAACAGACACGAUCGAAAUUGCUACGGAAGUUUAGUAACUCCAGGUGCCCAUGCGUGAAAAUCAAAUUGAACGCGGCUACUAAAUGUUACCGGAUAUACAACCGACUUUGGUAUCGUCGUUAUGUGCAUCGUACUCAGACUGAACUUCGUCGCAAUCCAAAAAAGUUCUGGAAAUUUGUAAAGUCCAAACGGAAAAAGUCUGUACUCCAAUUAAAUGAUCGUAUUGCCAUGUCAGCUGACGAAAAAUGCGACCUUUUUGCGAUGCACUUCGCCAGUGCUUUUUCAGUCGAAUCGCCAACCGCUAGUCAAUUGAACGCCACAGUAACACGAUUACCCAUCGAUGUGCUGGAUCUGGAUGUUUUUGCUGUGAGCGAAGAAAUGGUGUUAGAGGCAAUAAUUAAUCUGAAAAACUCCACGACAUCCGGACAGGAUGACAUACCGGCCAUGUUGACCGGCGAAAAGGAUAAGUUCAAUGGACCGGGUGCGGCAGAAUGA